CUUUAACUCGGCUGGUACACAGCUUUUUCACAUCGGUGAUUUUACGUGUAAAAGUGCAAUGGUUUUAAGGAUUUAUAUUUGAAUUAUCGGUGCUUUAUUAAAUAAAUUAUUGGGGGUCAAUAGGUGUGCGUGUGUGUGCAUGUGUGUGUGUGCCGGUCAAAAAAUUUUAAGAUGAGCAGCAGCGAGCUUCCCUACCCCGUCUGCACCGGUUCUGAACCGGUCGCGGUGUAUCAGCAGACCAAUACCGACUACAGUGAGUUUAAUGACGACGACGAUAUGGUGACCACGGAGCGCGAGCUUGCGGAAGACGCACAGUGGAAAAAAAUACAACAGAACACGUUCACGAGAUGGGCCAACGAACAUUUGAAGACCGUUUCGAAGCACAUCGGCAAUUUGGAGACGGACUUGAGCGACGGAUUGCGGCUGAUCACCCUCAUCGAGGUGCUGUCGGGCAAACGGCUGCCCAAACACAACAAGAAGCCGUCGUUCAGGUCGCAGAAACUCGAAAAUGUGUCCGUCGCCCUCAAGUUCCUGCAGGACGACGAGGGCAUUAGGAUCGUCAACAUCGAUUCCAGUCACAUAGUAGACAGUAAAUUAAAACUAAUAUUAGGUCUAAUAUGGACAUUAAUUUUACAUUAUUCAAUAUCUUUGCCCAUGUGGGAUGGUGAAGAUGAAAUGAAUAAUGGAGGAAGCGAACCCACACCAAAACAAAGGCUGAUGAACUGGAUCCAGAGCAAAGUGCCUGAAAUCCCAAUUCACAAUUUCACCUCCGACUGGAACGAUGGAAAGGCUGUUGGUGCUCUGGUGGAUGCUGUUGCUCCAGGUUUAUGUCCAGAUUGGCAAGAUUGGGACCCCAAAGACUCGGUGCAGAACGCCUCCGAAGCCAUGGGACUCGCCGACGAUUGGCUCAAUGUUCCCCAACUGAUUAAGCCUGAAGAAAUAGUAAAUCCCAACAUUGACGAACAGUCCAUGAUGACCUAUUUGUCGCAAUAUCCAAACGCCAAACUGAAGCCCGGUGCUCCAUUAAGACCGAAAACUAGUCCGAACAAAGUGAGAGUCUAUGGACCUGGAAUCGAACCUACAGGUCCGGUGGUUGGGGCCCCCGCCAACUUCACAGUUGAAACCUUCUCAGCUGGCAAAGGCGACGUAGACGUAAUAGUAGAGAACCCUAAAGGCCAAAAGGAACCAGUAGAUGUAAGAUUCAACAACGACAGAAACCUGACGUACACAGUAGCUUACACGCCGCAACUCGAGGGCAACCACAGAGUCAGCGUCAAGUUCGCCGGUAGAGAAGUUCCUAAAAGCCCCUACAUCGUGAAGGUGGAAGGACACGCCGGCGACCCCACCAAGGUGACCGCCUGGGGACCCGGCCUACAACCCGACGGCGUGUGCAUCAACAAGCCCACCUACUUCGAUAUUUCCACCAAAAACGCUGGCAAGGGUGUGCCACAAGUGAUAAUCCUGGAUCCAUCCGGCAACAAGAACUCCGUGCCCGUCACGGUCAGACAGACAAACCCAGACUUAUGGCGAUGCGAAUACGUCUCACCAGUGGUUGGCUUACAUUCCGUUAACAUAUUCUUUGCCGGCCAAACAAUUCCGAACGGUCUGUUGGGUGUUAGAGUGUCCCCCGUCUCCGAUCCAAAGAAAGUUAGAGCCAGUGGACGUGGUUUACAACCUUCCGGCGUACGAGUCAAGGACGAAGCCGACUUCAAAAUUUACACCGAAGGUGCUGGUGAAGGAGUGCCCGAGGUCCACAUCAUCGGCCCUGGAGGCGUCAAGGAGCAGUGCAAGAUAACGAAAAUCGACGGAACCACAUACCACUGUGUCUACUAUCCGAUGAAAGAAGGAAGAUACCGCGUCAUGAUCACUUAUGCCACCCAAGAAAUCCACAACUCUCCGUUUGAUGUUAAUGUGGGACCGUACAAGGAGACGGCCAUUAAAGUUUACGGCCCCGGAUUGGUUGGUGGUGUGGUAGGAAACCCAGCCCUGUUCACCGUGGAGACUCACGGUGAAACCGGAGCCUUAGGAUUUAGUAUUAAUGGGCCAUCUCAAGCUAAGAUCCACUGCCACGAUAAUGGGGACGAAUCUGCUGACGUUAAGUACUACCCUACAGCUCCAGGAGAAUAUGCAGUACACAUCCUCUGCGACAACGAAGAUAUACCUAAGAGUCCCUACAUUGCUCAAAUCUUGCCCAACACCGACUACUAUCCUCAAAACGUCGAAGUAUACGGACCCGGAGUGGAACCCACUGGAGUCCAAAAACUGGAAACUGCUAAAUUUAUUGUUGAUGCCAGGAAGGCAGGCCCCGCCCCACUCGACGUCAAGGUCACCGACGGAAACUGGAACAACGUAGACGUGAAACUGGUGGAGAAGGCGGACGGCACCAUCGAAGGCUCGUACACCCCCAAGAGUGGCAGUAGGCACACCGUGCAAGUUAACUACGGAGGCGUGGCUGUGAAAAAUUCGCCCUUCAGAGUUUUCGUCGGUGAAACAGUCAACCCCGCCAAGGUGCAAUGUUUCGGGCCAGGAAUCCAAGACGGGGUCAAAGCUAACACACCAACCCACUUCAACAUUGAUACAAGAGAGGCCGGCGAUGCCGAGCUCGACAUCCACCUGGUAAACGAAAACAACAAGGAAAUACCAGUAAGACUGACUGACAACGGCGACAAGACUUACACUGCUGAUUACGAACCCACCGAACCCGGUUUGCACACCAUGACUUUGCACUACGGAAAUCUUAAAGUUCCUAGCACGCCCAUUAAGUUUAAGGUCGAACCAAACGUUGAUGUGUCUAAAAUAAGGGUCGACGGAUUAGAGCCAACUGCACCGGUAAAUAGUUUACAACAAUUUAGAGUAAUAACAGAGGACGCAGGGAAAGGAGAAAUAGCCAUAUCAAUAACGAGUCCUUCCGGUAGCAGGGUGAAAGCCCACGUUAUCCCCACGCACGAGGGAUUCCUAGUGAACUUUACCCCGACGCAACUAGGAGAAUAUUUAUUGGGGGUAUCGUUUGGGGGCGAGCCCAUUUCAAACCGACCAUUCCGAUUGACCUGUUUAACGGGAAGUGACCCGUUGAAAGUGAAAGCUACAGGUCCAGGUCUGCAGAGGGGGAUUGUGAACAGACCUGCUGAAUUCAUGAUAGACACCAGAGGCGCCGGACAAGGCGGUUUGGGUGUUACCGUGGAAGGACCUUGCGAGGCAGCCAUUAACUGCAGGGACAACGGGAAUGGUACUUGUUCCGUUGCUUAUUUGCCCACUGAAGUCGGUGACUAUGGCAUCAAUAUAACGUUCAACGACUGCCAUAUCCCUGGAAGUCCCUUUCAGGCAAUCAUUGUCCCUGAUGUUGAUAUGAAUAAGAUUAAGGUGUCGGGCAGUGGGAUACAACUACAUGGUGUAUACGUCGACGCCCCAACGGAGAUCUUAGUGGACACACGGGCGUUGCCCAAGUCUGGAACCACCGACGACGGCAAAGUAACCUGCACCAUCACAAACCCAUCAGGAGCCCAAACUGAUAAACUCGUAACGACAACCCUCGACGGAACCUACAAGAUAACUUACAUACCCUUCGAAGAAGGAAGACACACAAUUGACAUAUUCUACGACAACGUUCCUGUGCCAGGUUCGCCCUUCAUCGUCAACGUCCGCCGCGGCUGUGACGCGAAAAAAUGUGUGGCCUACGGCCCAGGUUUGGAGAAAGGAGUACUGGACAAGCCCAACGUGUUCACGGUAGAAACCAAAGGUGCCGGUAGCGGUGGACUCGGUCUGGCCAUCGAGGGACCCAGCGAAGCCAAGAUGACCUGCACAGACAACAGAGACGGUUCCUGUUCGGUCGAAUACGUGGCCAACGAACCGGGUGAAUACGACGUAUCGAUCAAAUUCGCCGAUCAACACAUUCCCGGAUCACCGUUCAAAGUGGUGGUCGGCCAAGAGGUGGACGAGAAAUUGGUGAGGGCUUACGGGCCGGGACUUGAGGCCAACAAAUGUAGAUCUGGUGUUCCGGCCAAGUUCACCGUCGACGCGUCCAAAGCUGGUCCCGCUCAAGUUUCCGUCAACAUCACCUCGGACUCGCAGCCGUUGCCGAAGAGGCCGGACGUUACGGACAACGGUGACGGAACGAUUGAUGUGUCUUACAUUCCACCCAACGAGGGAGCCAAUUUGAAGGCUCAGAUUUUGUACAACGGCAAAGAUAUUCCCAACAGUCCAUUCCCCAUCAAGGUACGACCGACGGUUGAGCCAGAGAAGGUCAAGAUUACCGGACCAGCGGUCACCGACAACGGCAUUCCUGCUUCGAUUCCAACAACUAUUAAAUUCGACACCAAUGACGCAGGAUACGGGGACUUGGAGGUUAAAGUUAUGGGACCAGACGGCAGUUCCAGGCCGGUUACGCUUAAGGACAACGGCGAUGGUACAUACAACGCCACCUUCGUUCCCGACGAUUGUGGCAGGUACAAGUUGCACUGCAAAUAUGGUGGAAAGGACGUACUGAAAGCCCCCAUUCCAAUCCAAGCUUACGCUACAGGAAACGCUGAAAAAUGUCAUAUCACAGAAGGACAAGAGAAGACCUUGAACAGUGGUGAGAACUACUGCAUAACUGUCAACACGGAGAACGCAGGAAAGGGUGCCAUUACCUGCAGGGUCAAAUCAACGAAUGGAAGUGCCAGCGACUUGGACAUCAACAUUGUGGACAAUGGAGAUGGUACUGUCAGUAUUUUCUACACUGUACAAGAUGCUGGAGAAUACUCUAUUAACAUUCAAUUCGGUGGACAAAGUGUACCUGGAGGAUUCUACACAUUUGUGGCCGAAGAGGUCAAAACUGAGAAGUCAACAGUCACCAAGACAGAUUCAAGCGUCAGGAAGGCCACCACACAAAAGGCUCAGACCUUUAGACCAGUCGCUCUUGAUAAUAUCCCAUUACCAAGUACUGGAGGACACGUCACAGCUGAAAUCAAGAUGCCAAGCGGAAACGUAGACAAGCCAAUCAUAGAAGACAACCACGAUGGUACCGUCACCAUCAAGUACGACCCACGCGAGGAAGGUAUCCACGAAUUGGCAGUCAAAUUCAACGGCGAACAUGUCCAAGGUUCACCCUACAAGAUCCACGUCGACUCCAUCAGCUCCGGGUAUGUAACCGCCUACGGCCCAGGCCUCACCCAUGGUGUAACCGGUGAGCCCAGCAACUUCACCAUCUCCACCAAAGGUGCUGGUUGCGGAGGUCUUUCGAUGGCCGUAGAAGGCCCCAGCAAGGCCGAAAUCAGCUGCCACGACAACAAGGACGGCACCGUCUCCGUGUCCUAUCUGCCAACAGCCCCCGGCGAGUACAAGAUCUCCGUCCGCUUCGGCGAGAAGCACAUCAAGGGCUCCCCCUUCAACGCCAAGAUCACCGGCGAGGGCAGGAAGAGAAACCAAAUCUCCGUAGGCUCCUGCAGCGAAGUAUCACUCCCAGGCAAAAUCUCCGACGCCGACAUCCGCUCCCUGAACGCCUCCAUCCAAGCCCCCAGCGGCUUGGAGGAGCCCUGCUUCCUGAAACGUUUGCCCACCGGCAACAUAGGCAUCUCGUUCACUCCCAGGGAAAUCGGCGAGCACGUCGUGUCCGUCAAGAAGCUGGGCAACCACAUCCCCAACUCCCCGUUCAAGAUCAACGUGUGCGAGAGGGAAGUGGGCGACGCCAGGAAAGUCAAGGUGUCCGGCAACGCUUUGAAGGAGGGCAAGACCCACAACAACAACACCUUCAACGUCGACACCAGGAACGCCGGAUUUGGAGGUCUGUCGCUCUCCAUUGAGGGCCCGAGCAAGGCGGAGAUCCAAUGCAACGACAACACUGACGGAACCCUCAACAUCUCGUACAAACCCACCGAGCCUGGCUACUACAUCGUCAACCUUAAGUUCGCCGACCACCAUGUGGACGGAUCUCCCUUUACCGUCAAGGUUACCGGUGAGGGCUCCAACAGGCAACGUGAGAAGAUCCAGAGACAAAGGGAAGCCGUACCAAUCACCGAAGUGGGAAGUCAAUGCAAGCUUACUUUCAAAAUGCCUGGAAUCACCUCGUUCGAUUUGAGCUCAACUGUCACAUCUCCUGGUGGAGUAAUCGAAGAUGCUGAAAUCAAUGAAAUCAGCGAUGGACUGUACGCCGUCCACUUCGUCCCCAAAGAACUUGGUGUGCACACUGUUUCCGUCAAAUACAAGGACAUCCAUAUUCCCGGAUCCCCGUUCCAGUUCACAGUGGGCCCAUACAGAGACCACGGUGCCCAUUUGGUUAAAGCCGGCGGUGUCGGCUUGGAAAGGGGUGAACAAGGUGAACUCAACGAGUUCAACGUGUGGACCAGGGAAGCCGGAAGCGGCCAACUGGCCAUCUCCGUCGAAGGACCCAGCAAAGCUGAAAUCAACUUCACCGACCGCAAAGACGGUUCAUGCGACGUAUCCUACAAAGUCUCCGAACCUGGUGAAUACCGCAUCGGUCUUAAGUUCAACGAUGAACACGUCCCGGAUUCGCCGUUCAAAGUUUACAUAUCGCCGGCCGUUGGUGAUGCCCACUUGUUAGAAGUCAUCCAGUUCCCCGAGGGGUACAUCCAGGCAGACAAGCCUUCGCAGUUCCUCAUUCGCAGCAAUGGGGCCAAAAAGGGUGACCUCGAUGCCAAGAUUAUUGGACCAUCCGGCCACGAGGACGAUUGCUUCGUGCAAAUGAUCGACAUGGAGGAAUACUCGAUCCGUUUCAUGCCCCGCGAGAACGGCAUCCACAAAAUCCACGCCAAAUACAACGGAGUCCACAUUCCCGGCUCACCGUUCAGCGUGAAGGUCGGCAAGGACACCGCCGAUCCGGCCGCCGUCCACGCCGCCGGCGCCGGCUUGCAGGACAUCAAGACCGGCAACAAGACCGACUUCAUCAUCGACACCGUGAACGCCGGUGCCGGCACCUUGGCCGUCAACAUCGACGGACCCAGCAAGGUGUCCAUGGAUUGCACAGAAGUGGAAGAGGGUUACAAAGUUCGUUACACACCGCUGGCCCCCGGUGACUAUUACAUCAGUAUUAAGUACAACAACAAUCACAUCGUGGGAUCUCCGUUCAAAGUGCACAGCAAAGGGGACGCCAAGGUGGCCGACAUUGGAGGCCAGGAGUCAUCUUCAGUGGUCGUCGAGACCGUCGCCAAAGUGGGAAAAGCCGCCGGCGGCAACCACGGACCCAAACUGCCCAGCUUCAAAAGCGACGCCUCCAAAGUGGAGUCCAAAGGUAUGGGUCUUAAGAAGGCGUAUCUGGGCAAACAGAACAACUUCACCGUAUCCGCCCAAGACGCCGGCACCAACAUUUUGUUCGUGGGCGUGCACGGUCCCAAAGGACCGUGCGAGGAAGUGUUCAUCAAACAUCAAGGCCGUCAACAAUAUCAUAUCAAUUAUCUUGUAAGAGAAAGAGGUGAUUACUUGAUCAUUGUCAAAUGGGGAGAUGAUCAUAUUCCUGGCUCUCCAUUUAAGGUUGAAGUUUAGAUUCUAAUUUUUUACAUAUUAUUAAUUAUUAUGUUUCUGUAACAAUUUUCUUAAUUUUACUGGAUUCGUUUUUUUAUUUUGUACAUAUAAUCUAACUUAAUUAUUUCGUAAGUUGCUUCAAUUUAAUUUCCAGUAAAAUUACCAAAAAUAUGUUCAUUGUAUUAUUUAUAGUAAGAUCUAAUAAAACUCUUAUUUAAUUUAUAGUUUUAUCAUAUAUGUUGUGUUAUUUUUAUCAAAUGAUAUUCUCUUGAAUGUUAUCUUAUUAUUUCAAUAAAUUUAUUCUCAAUAAA